AACAGUCAAUAGAAAUAUAAUUUCGGAGAGAGAGCUAUCAUAAACUCUAGAAAUUUUUAUCGCUAUCAUUUGAUAAUGUUCGAAGAGCCUCCACCACGAAUAUUUUAGCGAAUUUUUAGUUUUGAAUUCUCAAUUUCAAGGAUAUGAGGAGAUACAAAGUUGAUACCAGCUUUAUGGCCCACCUGAAGGAAUACAGUAUACGGAGUUCUAUUUUAACAAAUAUAUUGUUAUAUGUCAGUAGAUCAAUGACUAAAAGUUGUUUAUCAAUUAUAUUUUCAUAUAGUACUGCUGAAUUUUAUAGUUCCGAUUCAUUAAUUAAACUUAAAAGCAAUAGUAGUAAUUUAAGCAAUAAACAAUGGCCGAUGUCCAUUCUUUACAAGAACGAAGCAGACAUCCAACUAGUGAAUCUGACAGUACCGAUUCGUCGUCAAGUGAAUCAAGUACUAUAUCCCUACCCCCUCCACCUGACGGGGGCUAUGGCUGGUUAAUCGUUGUUGCAUCAUUUUUGAUAAGCUUAAUCUGUGAUGGGUGUGCAUUUUCGUUUGGUGUUCUGUACACCGAACUUUUGGAUGAGUUUGGAGAAAGUAAGAGCAAAACGUCAUGGAUAGGAUCGUUGUUUAUGAGUGUGCCAAUGAUUCUUGGACCAUUAGGAAGUGCCCUGAGCUCAAAAUUUGGAUGCCGCGCAGUUACUAUUGGAGGAGGAAUUAUUUCAACCUCUGGUUUUGUUUUGAGUUCAUUUUCGAAUUCUGUAGAUAUACUGUGUGUAACAUUUGGUUUGAUUGCUGGUUCUGGAAUGUCCGUCUGUUAUGUCAGCAGUAUGAUAAUGGUGGCGUAUUAUUUCAAAAAGAAAAGAGCAUUAACAACAGGGUUAUCUGUUUGUGGUUCCGGUAUUGGAACUUUUAUCUUUGCUCCUUUAACUGAAUAUUUAAUUCAAGAAUAUGGAUGGAGGGGAACUUUAUUAAUUAUUGGUGGAAUAGUUUUGAAUUUAGUGGUUGCUGGUGCAUUAUUUAGGCCACUUGAAUUCACGGAAGAAGAGAAGCUACGCAGAGCGAGGGAGGCGUUCGAUAAAAUGUCACGCACCAUAUCAAAACAGAGUAUACCAUCUCAUGGACGCAGCAGAAUAGGAAGCGGAAGUGAGGAUUCAGUGACAUCACACAAGGCUGAGAAAAAAGAUGAAGAAUUAGAACUCGAAAUUUUGAGUAACUCCCAGGUUUAUCUUCCAACUUUUAUCAAUAAACAAAAUACCGAAAUACCGGAUGAACUUAUUUUGGAAAUCAGAAAAAAUGGAUCAAAUUUGGAACAGACUUUGCAACGCUAUUUUCGCAGUCUGAAUUUAAAAGAAAAUGGAAUAGCCGACCAUGCCAAGGUAACCGAAAUUUUAACUGUGACCAGUGAUGACAAUAUUGUCUUUAAACCUGCCACUGUUUCUGAUAGUCUGGUAGCCAAUGGUAACGGCACAUGUAACAGUGAAACAAAAAGAGGAAGUAGUAAAGGAGGCGUCUGGCAGCAUAAGAAAAAGUCAUCAAAAGUUAAAAUGCACAGAGUCCCUUCGUAUCUACCUUUAUUAAAAAAUGACAUUUAUUAUCGGGGUAAUCUGAUGAAUCUACCAGGUACCCAAUACAGAUCCAACAGUUGCCCUGAACUCCAUAAAACAGUAGAAGAGGAUGACGAUGAGGAUGACAUCUUUUCCCAUUAUCCCAUACUGAAAGUCUUCAAGAUCAGUAAACCACUCAAGAAAUUCUUCUCAAAUAUGUUUGAUCUGAGAAUUCUGAGCAAUCCAUUUUUUCUGCUCUUUGCCUUUUCAAACUUCACAUUAUAUUUAUGGUAUGACGUCCCUUAUGUCUUUCUUACUGAUAAUGCCAUUGAACUUGGUAUACCAGAAGACAAGGCUUCGUUUCUGCUGUCAAUAAUCGGUAUAGUGAAUACGAUUGGUCAGAUAUUAUAUGGUGUUUUCGGUGAUCGCUGCGUUAACUUGACAUUGUUGUAUGGCUGGUCGUGUGUGAUUGCAGGGUUAACGAUGGUGUUUGUGCCUUUUACUAGUACCUACUGGGUGCUUGGAGUUCUUGGUGGGCUGUUUGGUUUCUUUAUCAGUGCAAAUUAUACCUUGCAGACUAUAAUGUUAGUCCAGUAUUUAAGUCUGGAGAAGCUUGCUAAUGCUUAUGGUUUGAUAUUACUAACCCAAGGAAUAGCUAAUCUGGUUGGUCCACCCAUUGCAGGUGGGCUAUAUGACUUGACAGGUAGUUAUCAUACAACAUUCUAUGCUGCUGGUGUGUUUAUUAUAUUAGCGGGUAUGAUUUUAUUUAUUACACCAUUAUUAACAUUUCUACAGUGUAUAGAUAGAACAACACCAGGUAAAUUACAGGAUGAACAUCUGAUAUUAACAGAUUGUAAGGGCGUUGACCCGUCGCCUUUGGUGGUAGUAGAAAUAGAAACGGUUAUAUAAUAAUCUUAUUAAAGAUGCAUUAUGUAAUAUAAAAAAAUAAAUAUUUUGAUGACUUCAUUCAAAAUACUUUAUUCUGGGCAAAGUUAUGACUGCUUGAAGGUGUAGUAUAGAUUGUUUAUUAUUGUAGCAACAGUACUUGACUAUCAAGACUAUGUCUCGAUUAUCCAUUUUAACGUUAAAUUUUUAAAUUUCGCAGGAGUUCAUAGUUCUUACAUAAUGCAUCUUUAAAAUAUUCCAUUGUUUAUAUUCGUUUUUCUCAAUAAUAACUCAAAGUUCAAAAGAUCAAUUUAUAACAUUUUUGUCACUUAUGCAUGACAUAUAUAUAUAUUUCCUCUCAUUGAUUUUUGUUCACAUUUACAUACAGUUAUACUUACAUGUAUAGGUAAAGGUGUUAUAAAUACAACUGUAGACCUAUUGGCUUACAGUUGGAAACUCAGUUUCAUGCAAGACCUACAUGCAGUCAGGCCUAAAUAUUAGUGAGAAUCUCACAGUCUAAUUUUCUGAAGAAUCUCGAUAUGUUUAUCACUAAAGAUUCUGGCAAACUAAUCACCAACCUUUUAACAAACUGGUUUUACAGUUUGACUGACAAUGAUCAGUAUAUACAUGUAGCCUAUAUACUAUUGUAAAUAUUCAGUUGAUGUAGCUUACCAUUGGGACAUGUUUUAACAUGUUAACAUCAAUUAAUAUCUGAUAUUAUUUCUACUACAACAUUGAAUUCAGGCAAUUUUCACAAACUGCUUUCAGAAAAUGACAAGUCAUAUCUGAAAAAAAUAUUGCAAAAUUUUAGGCCUAAUUAUAUUAUGUACUGUGGCCUGCACCUCUUUGAUCCAUAUUAUUAAAUAGCAUUAAAAUUAUGAGUACAUUGUACUAUCUAAAAACAAAUAUGGCAAACUUUAAGGCCUAGUUACAUAAUAUACACGUAAUCAAAUAUUAUUUAGCAUGUCAGGCUAUAAUGAAAUCUCUUUGACUCCUAAUUCAUAUUUCGUAUAAUUACGCAUUAUUUCAUGUUGAUCACCAAGAAAAACAUUAUUACAUAAUUUAUGGUAAUUAAUGCUAAUAAUAACUAUUCAUUGUUUUUCACAAGGUCGUCGUUCAUCUAUGCAGAUCAAUGAUUUGUACAUGUAUUGUAUUUGUUCAGUGUUAAUAGAUUGUUAUAUUAUUGUUUUUGUUUUGUUACUAUAUUUAGAUGGUGUUUUUGUUACCUGAUUUACUAUUUUGGCAACCAAUAUGAAAACAUAUUUAUGCAUGAUAGGAUUUUAAUGUACUGACUAAUAUUAUCUAACUCAAAUCUACCUUGACUAAUAGCCUUUAGGAACAACCUACUCAACAAAAAAUAGACAGUAAAUAUAUUAUUAUAAACUGCACUAAACAUAUAUUAUGCAAGAGCUAAAUUUGCCUAUUGCUGUUCUUUCUUUAGGUCUGAAAUGUUAUCUAACUUAUUAAUUAAACAUUAUUUAAGUUAUCCAGACCAUAAUCAACUCUUGAUGUCAUCGCUAGCCUGCAAUAUGUACUGGAUUUGAAUCCGAUUUGCUGCUCAACACUCACUGAUGAUUUUAUCCAAAAAUGGAUAACUGAUUUUAGUAAUGAUGAUCAAGGCUAGGCCAAAAAUUCAAAAGCUAAUAUCUUAGUUCAGAGUGGAUCAAUUUGACUGAAAUUUUCAACAUAUUGUCUUUACAAUACAUUAUCUAGUUUUUAACUAUUACAUGUGUAGUGAGAACUGCCAGCUCUUUAUUUGAUGUCCCAUAAUGCCCCUUUAAGUGAACCAAUUACAAUCCAAAUGUUUCUUUCAUGCACAAGUUAAUAAUUUAUUGUUAAUAAGUAAAUACAAGAUUAAUACCGGUAUAGCAGGGUUCCCGCGGUCCUUGAAAAUCCUUAAAUUUAAAAUUUCAUUUUCAAGGUCUUGAAUAUCCUUGAAUUUCGCAGAAAUAGGAAAAUAUCCUUGAAUUUCGCGGAAAUAGGAAAAUAUCCUUGAAUUUCAGUUGAGAUCCUUAAUUUUGUUUCAAAUGUCUUCAAUUCCUUUUAAAUAUGAGAUUAUAAUGAUAGUUGGUAAUGUUUUGGUUAUUUUUAAGAUGAAAAAUUGUAACUUGAGGCUAAAAAAUGUCCUUGAAAAUCCUUGAAUUUGGCGUAUAUUUAUCCUUGAAUAUCAUUGAAAAAAUGUUUGACGAAGCCGCGGGAACCCUGUAUAGGUUUGUAUCGAGGAUCAAAGAUCUUAACAGGUGUAAGUAAAGAUAGGAGUCAAUAUGACAAAUACAGAUAUACGGAGGAUCUGAGAUUUUAAAGAUACAUUCCCAUAAAAGUAAAAGUUUUUAUCUGGUGUUUAUUUCCAAUAAAAGUAUGCCAAUUUUGGUAUAUGGAAAGUAGAGACACCCACUCUUUCUAGAAAAAUUCUUGAUUCCUUGAAAAACACCAUGGAGCACGCACAGGACAAAAAUGUUAGGGUGUCACUAAGUGGCAGCCUGACGAUUAGGACUGUCUGCUUGAGUGACGUCAAAGGUUGCAUGCAUAGAUCGUCUGACCUCUUUUCAUUAGAGAGCGCUUAAUGUGUAUGUUGAUAAACAUUGUGGGUGGACGUGGAAAAAGUCAGAGACUUAACGUACAACAGAUUCUGAGGGCAGGGGAUAAUCCCAGAAUUUACUUAGUCUUCGAUAUUUAUGGUACAGGGACAGCGAUUGAAGACAAUAUAUGCAAUGAAUUCUCCUUCAGCUUGGCAGUGUCACAAACAUGGCUUCUUUAAAUAGCUUGGGGUAUUUCCUCAAGAAUACAAUGUUUUGAGCGGGAUUUGGAGCAAAUUUUUUGAUAAAUUAAUUACCGGUAGUUUGAAUAAACCAUCAAAUCACCUAGUUUGUACAUGGGAAGGCAUCUUUAACUAUUUGUACAACAGGAGAAAUACACUAGUACCAUACAUGUAGAAUUCAUGGCAUAUUAUUCUACCAGUAUUAAAUCAACUACUGGCAGGUAGUAACAUUGGAACUUUUCCUUUGUUCUGUGAUGGGCCUAUAUAUUUAUUUUGUAAUAAGAUGUUAAUGGUAACACCAUAUGUUCAUAUAUUGCCAAAUACUGUAGACUUGUAAUCUCAUCAGUUAGAUAUAAUUAUCUUGGCAGUAGCAAUGAAAUGGAGUUUAACAUCUUACUUUUCUGCUCCGACUGGGCUAAUGUAGAUGGGUAUAUCCUAUACAGUGUGCUAUGAGGGAAAGUAUUCCUGGACAGCAGUACUACGGCACACUCUUACAUGUGUUUCAAAUUCCAACUGUUAAGGGUUCUUUUACAUGCAUGACAAUGUGUAGAUUGGACCUUGGUCUUUUGUCCCAUGUGAACGAUGAACUUGGUAGUAAAACUAUAGGUACAUUUAGCUUUUACAACAUGCGGAUUGAAAUAACUUGCAUAUAAAAAUUAUCACCUAUUUUUAAUUCUUAAAUAUAAAUGAAAUGAAAUGGAGUUUAACGUCCUACUGUUCUGCUCCGAACUGGGCUAAUGAAGACGGGCAUACGCCAUACAGUGUGCUACGGCCUACUCUUAUAUCAAAUUCCAACUGUCAAGGGAUCUUUUACAUGCAUACCAAUGUCUACGUGGGACAUCGGUUUUUUGUUCCAUCCGAACAACUAGACAGCUGUCCUUGUCAGGCCCUCCUUCCUGCAUCACUGACAAGAGGGAACCACGCCGGGAUAAUCUGGAUGAACUUUCUCAGCCAAUGCAGGGAUCAAAAACCGAACCUCCAGGCUAGUGAGUCAGCGUCUUACCCACUUAGCCACCAUACCCACCAUACACCCCCCCCCCCCCCCAUAUAUAUAAGAAAUAGUAUCAGAUAUUCUAGAAAGAUUUACUUUGCUCUGCCUUUUUGCCGUACAGUCUUUUUACUUUGUUUUUUUUUACUUAAAAAUAGGCUAUACAUGUACAUUUGUAUACCUGCAUAAUGUAUAUCAUCAUGGAAUUAUUUCUCAGACAUCAAUUCUAAACAUAGAAAGAUAUGUAAACUAUUUGAUUUAAUUAAAUUGACACUUUAAUUUUUAUAGGCCAACAAUUUAACCUGAUUGUAUAUUUUUGUCUCUCCACUUGUCCAACCCUCACUUCACAAUUUAUUAUUAUUACAGCUGCUGUGUGUUGUUUUCCUUUUUGGGAAAAAUGUCAAGUUUUCAAUUGCAUAAUCCAUGCUAUAAUUGAUUAUUUAAAAUUUAAUUAAGAAACCAAAGUUUAAAAUUUAAUUUAAGAUACCAAAAUUUAAAAUUUAAUUAAAGAUUUAAUUAAGAAACCAAAAUUUAAUUAAGAAACCCAAAUGAAGUAUCAAUGGAAGAUAAUCUCCUGGUUUGGAUUCAAUCCGGUAAAAUAGAGGCCCAUCAAAAGUCUGCAGCAUAUGGGGGGGCGGGGUUGAUGGCUGAAUGGUUACGCUGUAUCAUAAAGUCUGUCAUUGAGUCGACUGGCGUAGUUUUGAAUCCCCGGUUGUACGUGACAAGGAGUAGGGUCGCCUGUCCAACCUCGUGAGUUUUCUCCAGGUCCUCCGGUUUCCUCCCACUGCUAAAGACCUACGCGCAAGCGAAUUAUUGAAAUAAAAUUAAACCAUAUGUUAGUCCCGAAAUGACCUAGUUUGUGUCGAGUGGACAUUAAACCCCAUCUCUCUCUCUCUGUAGCAAAAGUUCAAUUCAUCAUCUAUAUGUAUGCUAAUAUUUGUGACUGUCAUUUAUCUGUCUGUUCAGGGUUGACAGCUACACUAUAGGGCUGUCCCAAGGCUGAAAUUUAGUGUACUAGGGUAGUUUGGACCAAAGAGUAACAUAUAGGCCCGGUGUUCACCUAAAGCUUCCGGUUUCUGAGUUAUACUACUGUCAACCCUCGCAGCGUCCGGUCAUCCGCUAGUAUCAUUAUAAAUACUGAACCAAAUUUAAUAACUUUUGAACUCAUAUUUUAGAGAUACAACUUUGACAGUAUUGUAGUUUUCAAGAGAUUCAUCAAUCCCUCAAAUUAUGCUCAGAGACUUUAACAUUCAAGAGACCACAAUAAUCAUGACAAGUUAAACAUACAUUGUGCAAGAGUUAAAUCUGCCCAUUGCAGGUCUUUCUUUAGGCCAGAAAUGUUAUAUAAACUAUUAAUUAGACAUGACAACACCAUAAUCUUCUUACAAUGUCAUCAGAUUCUCAAGAUUUGAACUAGAUUAGAACGGUUCGCCAUUUAAAAAUUUAAUUUAAAAAUGAGAAAGCGAGACUAAGUCUGGAAUAUACCAGUGCCCUGGUUACCACAAUGCACACAUCCUGUCAAAACUACAAACAGUGAUAACUUGGCUCAGAAUGAAGUAAUUUGAAUGAAAUAUAAUCCUUGAGUGGCGUUUAGUGAUUGUACAUUAAAAAACACAACACAUCAUUUGUACCUGAUAAUGAUAAGAGAAUACUUGUCAAAACGUCGUGCUAUAUGUGUAUAAACCAGUGAUUGUAUUCCAAAUAAAUUGUGUUGUGUUUUUUAAUUUGAAUGAAAUUUUCAAUAUUUUUUAUUUCACAUUAUCUAUUUUUGAGCUAUUGUAUCAAGAAUGGUCAGCUCUCUAUCUAAAUCUUACAUAAUGUAUCUUUAAUAGUUUGUUUAGCUUACUAAAAGAAAGACAUCUUAUGAUUAUGAACAGACAUGUAUCUGUCACCACGGUCAAUAAACACAUAGAUUAAAAUAUCAAAAGAAUACAAAGAAGAUUAUAGACGUAGAAAAUAAACUUAUAAUAUUAAAUAUAUGCAUAAAUUAAGAUAUUACCAUUAAAGGCUCAAUACCACUCUUGUUGUAACAGAAUAAUAUGUCCCAAUCUUUAUUCUGGUCAACAAAUUGUACUAUUUUACAGUAUUCCAAUUAAUUGAUGAUACAAAUUUCAUCUUAACACACCUAAUUUAAAAAAUUGGAAAAAUUCAACUAAAUGAUUUGAAAAGCCUAACGUAAACCUUUUCAAAUGUGACUUGGAUUUAAAAAUAUUUUUGAACCCUCUGGACAAGUAAAAUAGGAUGUAAUGGAUAAUUUACACAACAGGUAGGACACUUAAACAUCUAAUACUUAGAAUAAGGCUAAUAUUUAUUUACUGGAGCUGUCAAGCCAGCAAGAGUGUUAUUGUCCCUUUAACAUACAUUCUUAUUAGAAUACUCGUUAAGAGGACUAUGCUCUAAGAUGUUAUAUCAGUUUAAAGGUAACCCAUAAUUAAUUCAACCAUUGAAAGGUAAUUAUAGGAUCUUGAUAGACCGUGGUGACAUAUCUACCAAAUCAAAGAAGUUGUGUACUUUUGUAUUUUUCACUGUCAAACUGCACUUGAUUCGACCAAGCACCAUAAAUUUUGAACUGUGUUCAACCCCCUGAUUUUAUGAAUGUUUCAUCUCCUUAAUUAGGUUCUAAAUUUUAUAUGUCUCACUGUCAGGCUGCACUUAAUCCCCUUAAAGCUUUUAUGCAUUAUGCAUUUUUAAUUAAAUGUAGCCCUUUAUAAAAAUUUUGUUAUUUUAAUGUAUGGGGUUGGAUGGCCGAAUGGUUAGCGCGUGCACGUUCAAUCAUAAGCUCUUUCAGCUGGCGUGGUUUCGAUUCCCUGGCUAUACGUGACAAGGAGUGGGGCCGUUUGUCCAACCUCCAACCUCGUGGUUUUUCUCUGGGUCCUGUGGUUUCCUCCCACUGCUAAAGAACCCUACGCGCAAGCGAAUUAUUGAAAUAAAAUUGAACCAUAUGUUAGUCCUGAAAUGACCUAGUUUGUGUCGAGUGGAUGUUAAACCCCAUUUCUCUCCCUCUCUCUGUUUUAAUGGAUCAAAUACAUCAAUAAGAAACCAUGAGCAAAGUUUUGUUUUUCUAGAUCAAAACAGUGAUCGAAAGUUGAGUAAAUUCUUAAGUCAGAGAAUGCUUUGUGAACUCCUGGCUUGUUCCAUUAAGAAGUCACGGCAAGGCCUGGAAAUAAUAAUUUUAUAUGUACAUGUAUAUGCCAGACAUGAAUUAUAAAUAACAACACAGACAAAAGAUAAACCUAUUAACAGCCACUAGAGGGGGGGGGGUAGGUCUAAAUAUUAAAGCCAACUGCAGAUUUCGGCACGUUUGCAAGAUGUAAAUAGGGUUAAGUUACACGACUGUUGACAAGAUUGUAGGUUAGGGUUAGGGUGACCGUUGACCAGAUCUGACCCACUAGAGGGGUUGUGCCUGGCGAAGCAUGAAUUUAUGUCUAAUAUUAAGGGUAUUAACCCUGAAUUUUACAUGACAAAGGUAACUUUAGUAACUAUUUUGAUGAAAUUGAAUAAAAUUGUGUUCAACAUCCUACUUCGGUUCACCCACUGGGCUAGUAAAAACCAGUUUUAUGUUUACGUGAAGUAUAUUCCAACAGCUGUUUGAUCUAUAUAUAGGAUAAUUAUUAGCCUCCUUUCAUUAUAAAAACAUGAAAUAAAUGAUAAGCUUGAUGUAUUUUUUAAAUUAAAAAAAGCUAAUAUUUUGUUUAAUAUAAGAGAUAAGAGUGGCUUGAAGACCUGGUUAUCCCUGACUACCUACUUAAUGGAAUCCAGACAAAUCUAAACUUGGGCAGUAGAACCAGUUUUAUUUUUGUUUUAUAAUAUUAUGUUUAUCCGACCGGAUUGUUCAUGCCCCAAUAAACAUGUGAUAGAUAUGUUGCUAAAAAAUAUUGCAGCUGACUUCACCAUUAAAGUUGUAAAUGACCAUGAACUAUUAGAUUUUGAACUAAAUAUUUAGUUAGAAUUCCUAGAAUAGUUUUAAUUUGAACUACUAACUAGGAAAUAAAGUCUAAAGUCUUAACGUUAUUUUCUGUUCCUUUUGUUUAUUUUGUCAUGAUCUACAUCUAGGUUAUAUGUAAAUUGUAAAUAACAACAUUUCUAAUUGUCAGUCGUCGUUGUUUGUAUUUUAGAGGAGAGCCGAAAAACGCUCCCCUUAAUCAACAAAUUGAAAAAAAUCGCUCCCCUAAAAAAGUUCUCCCAUUUUCGAUGACGAUUGAUUUAGAAAUCAAGAAGAGCAAUCUGAUAUUAAAUACAGUAAUUAGUUGUGUGUAUGGGAAAUGAUUCUGAAGAUCAAUAACUACUAGGGGGUCAUUCCUGGUUUCAUAAAUGAAAAUAAACCCCUGAUGUCUUUGUAAAGGAGAGAGUGAUUUUCAAUUUUAAGGGGAGGGAGAAAAACCUCCCCUCGGUCAACAUUCAGUUGCAUGGCAGGCACUCGAGAGCUAUCGGUCGCCUUAAAAAACAAAUUUGUUAAAUUUGAAUAUGAUAGGGGUUUCAACGAAAUUUGACAUUAUUGUUUUGGACGGGUUAAAUUAUAUAUACAUGAAAAUGUUCUAAUUACCAGUCGUUACAUGUAUAAUCUCAAUCAAAUGAAAUGCUGCAAGGACUAUGUUAUACUCUUUAAUUUACAAAUACAGUGUGGCAGAUUUUAGGCAAAUAAUGGAAUAUUUUCAGCAAAAAAUGUUUGCUGUAAUAUUGAAUACUGCCAAGUGUCGAUGUAUAUGUAAGAUAAGAUUUUACUGUAUAUCAACAGCCAUUACAGCCUGCAUACAAUUCAUUUAUUAAGAUUUAUUGAUUAUUAUACAUAAUGUCUAAAGACUUUUAAAUAAAUAGUAAUAGAAUACACACAGCAUAAACAUAAUAAACAAGUUCAUACAAUGUGUCUGGAGGUGGGUGUGGGGGGUGGGAGUGGCCAAACGGUUAACGCAUGUGCUUUGAACAUAAGGUCUAUCAUUGAGUCAAGUGGCAUGGUUUCGAUUCUGCUCUUGUAUGUGACAAGGAGUAUGGUCGCCUGUCCAACCUUGUAGGUUUUCUCUGGGUCCUCCGGUUUUCUCCCAUUGCUAAAGACCCCUACGCGCUAGCGGAUUAUUAAAAUAAAAUUGAAUUAUGUUAGUCCCGAAAUGACCUAGUUUGUGUCAGUGGACGUUAAACCCCAUCUCUCUCUUUUAUUGUAUAUCAAGGACCAGUUCAGUAUGUAUACAAUUAGAAAUAUUUGGAAAAUAUUUAAUUAUUAUGGGUAAUACAUAUUAUGUAAUAUUCAUAAUGUUAUUAAACAUAAUACACAAGUUCAUACAAGUAUAA